AAACCCUUUCCUCACUGAAACCCCGUCGAGCGUCGAGCCCUUCUUCUUCCAGCUAUGGCCGCCGUCACUCCAGUCGAAUCCCCCGACGAAAUUGCCCUCGAUGCUUUUCCAUUCCUCCGCAUCUACAAGAGCGGCCGCGUCGAGCGUUUCCUCGGCACCGGCGUCGUUCCCGCCGGUGUCGACUCCGCCACCGGCGUCGUCUCCAAGGACGUUCUCGUCGAUCCCGCCACCAACCUCUCCGCUCGCCUUUACCUCCCGGGCCACCCCCAGCCCGACCGCACGCUCCCUGUCCUCGUCUACUUUCAUGGCGGCGGCUUCGUCAUCGAGAGCGCCGCCUCGCCUACCUACCACAACUACCUCAACGCCCUCGUUGCCGCUGCGGGCGUGGUCGCCGUGUCCGUCGAGUACCGCCGUGCGCCCGAGUGCCCACUGCCGGCCGCGUACGAUGACUGCUUCGCGGCGCUGCGGUGGGUCGCGUCGCGGCCGGCGGAGGAGCCGUGGCUGGCGGAGGGGCGGGCGGAUCUGGGGCGGCUGUUCCUGGCCGGCGACAGCGCCGGGGCCAACAUCGUCCACCACGCGGCGCUGCGCGCGGCGGCGGAGGGGCUGGGGCGGGAUGAAGCGGCGAUCGAGGGUUUGCUGCUGAUUCACCCUUUCUUUUGGGGAUCGGAGCCGAUCGGGUCGGAAUCUAGGGCUUCGGCGGACAGAGAGAUGAUAGAUAAACUGUGGCAGUUGGCGUCUCCGGGGACCGACGGGGUGGACGAUCCGCUAAUCAACCCGGCGGCGAAGGGGGCGGCCAGCCUGGUGGCGCUUCCAGGCCGCCGGGUGGUAGUGGCGGUGGCAGAGAAGGACAUGCUGAAGGACAGGGGGCGGGCGUACCACGAACUGCUGAGGCAGAGCGGCUGGAAGGGGGAAGCGCGGCUGGAGGAGGCAGAAGGCCCGGACGCCUCCCAUGUCUUCCACCUCAUCAACCCCGCCUGCGAUAUUUCGGCGAACAUGUUGAAGACCGUCGCCGCCUUUCUCAACUCCGGCGAGUAGAGGAAACAGGUAUCCGUAGCUUUAAGAUUCGCACAGAACACAGAUCCGUUGCUUUGAGAGCCGUAAAAGAACCUAGAUUUCAUGCUUUUAAUCUUUUAAUUAAGCAGUGCAAUAUCUAUUUUAAUCUCCCCGAAACAGAUUUCAAUAAAUUUACAUUUAAAAUAUUAUUAUUAUUAUUAA